CCAAUAGCAGCUCGUACAAGUUCUCGUCUCGCUACUUUCGGGUGCAAUUAAGUCUAAAAUGUCAUCAACUACUGCCGUAAAUGUAGACGGCAUCCAAUUCGAUAGCGAUGAUUUUUUGGGUAGUGGUGGUUUCAGCUCAGUGUUUCGUGGUACAUAUAACGGUCAAAGUGUAGCAGUCAAAAGAAUAGAGAAGACAAGUGGCAGAGUUCAAGUAGUUGACAACGAGUUAAAAAUUCUGCAGCAGUUAGACCAUCCCAAUAUAGUUAAAUUUGUCCACUCUGCAAGCAGUUCCGAUUUCCAGUUCUUUGCUUUGGAAUUGUGCGACGCAUCACUGGCUCAAGUGUUCCUAAAGGAGGACGAUCCUCGGAAAUAUAAAGGACCUGCAUUACCAAAUAAUUUCGAAGUUUUCUCCCAAUUAGCCUCUGGUCUCAAAUACAUUCAUUCACAGAAUGUUAUCCACCGGGACAUUAAACCGCAAAACAUUCUAAUUUCUGGGAGACGUACUGCCCAAGGUGAAAAGAUAACGAUCAAGUGGGCUGAUUUUGGAUUGUCAAGAGCAGUGAAUGCAAGAGGAACAUUUACAAUGAGUGGAAUCAGAGGGACUCUACUUUGGUUCUCUCCCGAAGAGAUGAAAAUUAUGGGCGGAAACCAACGCAUUGAAGAUACUAGAGGCUCCACAAAAAGCGACGUAUUCGCAGAAGGCCUCGUCUUUGGUUAUAUUCUCUUAAAAGGAAGGCAUAUCUACGGGGAGAAUGAGUUGGAAAUUAUGAACAACAUUAUGAAAAACGAAUCAGUCAAUAUGAGUAAAAUUCACCAGAAACAUUUAGCACGUAACUUAAUAGAACAAAUGCUGACCAGCACACCUGAUACACGAAUUACAUCUGAAGAAGUUGUUAAUCAACUUGAAGCCAUAAAAAUCAAAUUUAGCGAAAAGCAAAAACAGCUUCAUCAGCUGUCUACAUGUCCCACAACAGAUUAUAGGAAUAACAUCGAAUCUUUAAUGCAACUCGGUGUCGACUUAAACGCAAAGGAUGACGAUGGAUGGAAUGCGCUUCUUCUUGUGUGUCGAAAAAAUUCAAGCCCACAUUUAAUCGAUGCGAUUAAGCUCUUGAUCGAACUUGGCAUCGACAAGGGCGCAAAGAUCAACGAUGGAGCGAAUGCGCUUCAUCUUUUGUGUCGAAACAAUUCAAGUCCACAUUUAAUCGAUGCGAUUAAACUCUUGAUCGAACUCGGCUUCGACAAGGACGCAAAGGAGAACAUGGGAUGCAAUGCGCUUCAUCUAUUGUGUCGUAACAAUUCAAGUCCACAUUUAAUCGAUGCGAUUAAACUCUUGAUCGAACUCGGCAUCGACAAAAACGCAAAGGACAACAUGGGAUGCAAUGCGUUUCAUUUUUUGUGUUAUAACAAUUCAGGCCCACAUUUAAUCGAUGCGAUUAAACUCUUGAUCGAACUCGGCUUCGAGAAAAACGCAAAAACCAACCAUGGAUCGAAUGCGCUUCAUCUUUUGUGUUAUUACAAUUCAGGCCCACAUUUAAUCGAUGCCAUUAAACUCUUGAUCGAAAUCGGCAUCGACAAAAACGCAAAAACCAACGCUGGAUCGAAUGCGCUUCAUCUUUUGUGUUAUAACAAUUCAAGCCCACAUUUAAUCGAUGCGAUUAAACUCUUCAUCGAACUCGGCUUCGACAAGGACGCAAAGGAGAACAUGGGAUGCAAUGCGCUUCAUUUUUUGUGUUAUAACAAUUCAAGCCCACAUUUAAUCGAUGCGAUUAAACUCUUGAUCGAACUCGGCUUCGUCAAAAACGCAAAAACCAACGCUGGAUUGAAUGCGCUUCAUCUUUUGUGUUAUAACAAUUCAGGCCCACAUUUAAUCGAUGCAAUUAAACUCUUGAUCGAACUCGGCAUCGACAAAAACGCAAAAGCCAACUAUGGAUGGAAUGCGCUUCAUCUUUUGUGUGAAUACAGUUCAAGUCCACACAUAAUCGAUGCGAUUAAACUUUUGAUCGAGCUUGGUAUUGACAAAAACGCAAAAACCUCCUUUGGAUGGAAUGUAUACGAUUUGAGUCGGCGCAAUCCAAAUCUUAAAAACUGCAACCUGUACGAAAUCUUUAAAACCGGAUGAGGUGAAUUUUCGAAGAUAUUAUUUAUGGCAAUUACAAGGAUAUCAAGGUUGUUUGAAAAGUCACAAAACGUGCUACGUUGCAAUAAAUGAGAUUCUCGGCAAA